UAUUAAACAACUUGGGUGCAUUUAGUGGAUGAUCUGGUUGUCUUGUUAACUAUCGAAUGGGUUUCUUGGAUCGAAAUAUUACAUUGGAGAAUUUGUCAAACGUGUGACGAGAUACAAACUUGACCCAAAAAAACUUGACCCAGGUCACCCGGCCAGUACCCUCCAAAACAUCCCAUGCCGGGUCCAAGUUGAAGAGUCUUGGGUCGGGCUGUUGGACGACGACGACGAGCGGCUUCCAGGUGAAACCAAGAUUAGCAGAUAAUCUCACCAAGAAUCCGAAACCCAUGGCGGUCAGCAGGGCUGUCCACUCUCUCCUUCUCUUGCUGUCCGUUAGAUCGCCGAAAACAAAUUAAAAGAAGAGGGAGAUCUAGCCAAACCGCGGCAUGGCAUUCUCAUCCGCCAGCCGGAGAAAGAGAAAAUGGCGGCGGCGAUUCCGACGUCCGCUUUCCUCUCGGCCGUCCGCUCUCAGGGCAGUCCCCCGCUUUCCUCUCCCACGGCCUUCGCCCUCCCCAAAACCCCCUUUCUUGGUCCCUCUAACCUUGUCCUCGCCGUCGCCAAACCCUCGAAUCGAAUCGCUUGCCUCUCUCCAAGGAACCGCUUCCAGGUCCUCUGUCAAGAGAUCAAGGUAGCAAUCGUCCCCAGGGAGCAGCGGUGGAUGUACGACGAGUCCGAGAUAAAUGGCCCUGACAUUUGGAACAAAACAUGGUAUCCUAAGGCUGCCGAUUACAUAACCACAGAAAAGACAUGGUAUGUAGUUGAUGCAACAGACAAAAUUCUUGGCAGACUGGCAUCAACUACUGCAAUACAUAUCAGAGGGAAGAAUCUUGCAACCUAUACUCCUAGUGUGGACAUGGGGGCCUAUGUGAUUGUGGUAUGUAUUAUGCAUCAACUAGUAUUUAGUCUGGGUUCUCUUUGCCUGCUGACUGUCAUGUACCCAGAUUAUCUCGUGAAAACUCAACCUGCAAGACAUAUUUUUUUUGAUUUGACAGUUUGUAAUUAAUCAUAAAAAACUGCUAUUUCUUGUGAAACUACUUUGUGAAAGGAUUUCAUUGAAAUGUUCAGAAGCUGGACAAUACCUCACUACUGGAUUCUACAUUCGGUGCUCACUUAAAAUAGGACUGCUGAUAUGUCAGAAGUUCAAUGUUGUACCAAAAAGCUUUUCCUGCUAUGAAGAUAAAAAGACAGUGGAGGUUUUUGGGAAUCUGAUUCAUGAUAUUGCAUUAAAUGCAGAUUCGAUUCCUAAAUAUUGCUUUUCCAUCUGUUGGCAUAAAGUGUAUUGGUUCCUUUUUAUGGUUAAUUGACUAGAGUUAAUUUCCUGAAUAAUUAGAAAGUCAUUAUAAAUUGUUUGUGUCAUGCACCAUGUUAUGUGAAAUGUUUAUUUGUCUGCAUAACAUUGUUUUGUUCUCCAAGGAAAACUGAUGGCAUCAUGGCAGUGUUAGAAUGACAUACAUUGUACUUGAUAGCUAGCAAGGAUCUAAUAGGAUACUUUUUUACUUCCAAAAAUUAUUUUUGAUGCUCUUUUAUUAUAUCUUGUGGGAGGCCAAUCAUGUGUAUUGUCUGCAACAUUAGAGCAUCUCUACACUAGUUUCCAGGCAGACAGCUUCCUGUUAAAUGAAUCAUUGGUCCAAUCAACUUUUCAAAUUUCCAAUAUUCAUUGCAUUUUGAAGGCAUUUCUUUUUAAGAUGCGCAACUUAUGGUUACGCCAUUUUGAAGGCACUUUCUCAUCAACUUAUUAUCUAUUCAAAUGACACUAGUGUCUUUUUUUCUUAAUCAGUAAGAUUGUGAGAAAGUUCAACUUGACAAGAAGUUGAACGACAAUCUUCUU